CCGCCUGCCUGGCUGCUCCCACCAACCCGCUCCGUCACAACAGCUGGGGAAGGAUUUCCGACCCAGUCACCAGGAAAAUGGUGGCAAUUACAAGAGUGACGAACUACAGAAGAAGAAAACAACCGUAAACCCGACGCUGUGUGCGCGCUCAGACCCCGACUCCGUUUGGGAGCUGUAGGGGUGAAAGGGAGGCAAUCCGCCGACGGACGGAAGGGGACGCACCGCCGCCGGAGCGCACGGUGUUGUGUUUGUUGGACACAUGCGUGCCAGCGAAAACUAGAGCUACUCAGACCUGAGGAAUUGGCUGCGACAAGGAGAUAAGGAGCGGGUUUUAGGAUUCCAAGGGAGUUCCGGCGCGGCUCUGAGGAUUUUCUCCUGCUUUGCUCUGGGGGAAUGCGAGGGGAGGAAAUCCAGCCUCGGCUCCCAAUAAGCAGAGACUCCUAACUGGUGGCUCUCUUCUCCAAACGCAGGAAAUACGGCCUGGAAAGGAAAAAAAAAGUUUUGGAGUCUUUGGAGACGAGAGGGGGCCUAUCGUUGACGCUCUGGAUGCGUUUUUUUGUAAUUUUUUCCCCACUUCUAACAUAUUAACCCUUGUUUUAUGUGCAAGAGAAAAAGUUGAAGAAAACCAUAUUUUUUUUUCCUUUUCAUGCUGCCGGUGGUGGUUUUUGCAAGAGUUUUGAUCAUAACUAUUUAUAGCGGAGCCUGUUCUGACCGAGGCUGAAUGUUUUGCCAACUGCGCGCAACAAGUUGCAGACACUCCCAGCGGAGGUAAAGCCACGCUAAAAGAUUGACAGUGGAUGGGAUUUUCUGCUCUUGUCUUGUCGGAUCGCGGCUUGUUGAUUAGGACUGCCCCCUCUCGGAGCCCCACUUUGGGAAGCGGAGAGAGGGUGGGGGGAAAUAAACAGUGGAGAUCCGGAGAGGGAGUUCAGGAAAGGACGGGGCUGCAUCCGUGGGAAUAGGCCUGCCUGUCGGGCCUCUUCAGGAUUUGGGUCAUGAGCUGGACAUGGCUCCAAAAUAACUGUCUUUUUUUCUUCCUCUUCAGAAUUCUGCUUUGAAUAAAAAAAUGGCAUGGGAAUGUCUGAGUAUAAGAGUUGGACAGCCUUCACGCACUGAGCCAUGCUUGGAUGUAGUGGGAGGUAAAGCCGAUUUAAUUAUAGAUCAGCCACUUUCUAAUUAAUUGCCGUAACAGCUCUCUCCGGUUUUACCUGGUAAAACUCUUACAUUUUGUAAAACCAUCACACAGAGUGACUAUUCAAGAAAAACAGUUAGUUUGCUUCAGAAUGAUCUAUUUUAAAAUAAGUCGUUUAGAAUGAGAAAAAAGGUAAAAUCCACCUGUUUUUAUUGCUCAUAAUUAACAGUCUGGGGUCAGUGGAGCGAAGGGGUGUAAAUUGGGCAUCUGUCCAUGUUAUAACGGAUUACUUUCGCAGCCUCACUGCUGUGCACAACUGUUGACAGCUUCAGUCAGUUCCCACAGUGAAACAUUGAGCUCCUGUUUUUAUUUAAAAAACUAUUUUAUUUAAUCACAACGGGAGAAAUUGGCUCAUUCCCUCUGACUUUGGGAUGGAUCAAAACAUUGCCGCCAUCCAGAUGAGAUAAUUGGCAGCCGUUUCCAACGUCAGCGCGGACUUGACUAAGAAAAGCAGUCGCAUCACUAAUCAGUCCUUUCCCAGAAGGAUGCUCCACUCUGCAGGCAGGAAGGGUGAUGACAGCGUUUUAACCGCAGCUGGAGAGAAAGCUGGACUCAUAACCUGAGCCUGUUUGGACACAGAUGCGUGUGAUGUGAGCGAUGACGCAAAAACCCAGGGUCGGAUGGUGUCCAUCAUCGUCGCCUCCUUCCUCCAAUCCGCGCCUCUCGCACUCACGCAGCGCGCGUGCACGGUGUCUGAUUUCCACCAUCAAAAGAAAUUAUUGCUAUUUAACACCUCUGUUGCACUCCGUCGAAUCAGAGUCAACAUGGCCACUCUGCAACACCACCGGCAGCUUCUUAUGCAGGGCACUGAGGUGAGCUGCGACUCCGGCGGGGAUGGAGCCGUAACUGUGCGCAUUGCCAAUAACUCGUCACGCACGCAUCAACAUGAGCCACUUCGGGGUGCCAACAGUGACGCAGGAAGAGGAGGAGGAGGAGGAAGAAGAAGCUGUGGGGCCGCCAAUAAAGUGAAUCCUACCCUCCACAAAUACAGCAUCUCCUCCAGUUCCAGCUCUGCAGACGUCAGACCAGCCACGACCUCCACCUCUAGGGUGAAAAGGAAAGCCCCUCCGCUGUUUGAACGCUCUGCAGCUCAGUGCUGGGACCCCAAGUUUGACUCCCCCAUCCUGGAAGAGGCGUGCCAAGAGAGUUGCUUUCCCCAAACACAGCGACGAUUUCGUUAUGUCCUCUUCUACCUAGCAGUGGCAGCUGUGCUCUGGGGGGUGUACUUUGGGAUCAACAAGGAACGCUGCUGCCCCAUGGCCUUUCUUGUCCCCACUGCCUUGUUUUUGACUUUACUGGUGCUCCUCUUUCUGUUCACCUUCACCAAGCCAUAUGUGUGGCUGUACAACCAAACCUCCUUGCUCUUGAUAGCCAUCACCUUUGCCAUCACGUUAGCUCCACAGAUACAAACUGCAGGCUAUGACUGUGCAGGCGGUGGGAAUUCCUCACAUCUCCACCUGAACAAAAAUGUCUCCCCUGAGAUCCCGUGCAUCUCUCUUGUCGGCACCUUUUCUCUCUGCAUAGAGGUUCUGUUGUUGUUAUACAGCGUCCUCCAUGUCCGUCUGUAUGCCUCAGUGAUGCUGGGCCUCUUAUAUUCAGUACUAUUCGAGGCACUGGGUUGGCUACCGUUUCUUCAGAGGAGCUAUGACUCUAAUGGACAGAUGUCCAGUUGGGAAGACACCAUUUUCUGGCAGGGACCGGGUAAAUGUCUGCUCCAUUUAUGUGCGCACGUCAUCGGUAUCCACCUGUUCAUCAUGACAGAGGUGCGCUCCCGCAGCACAUUUCUCAAAGUGGGGCAAGCUAUAAUGCAUGGAAGAGAGCUGGAGGUGGAGAAAGCCUUGAAGGAGCGUAUGAUCCAUUCUGUCAUGCCGAGACAAGUUGCCGACGAGCUAUUGAAGCAAGGUGAUGACGAGGGUGGCGGUGAGAAUUCUGGCAAGAGAUAUUCCUCUGGUGCUUGCUCUACUUCAGCUGUUGUAGUUGGUGGCGGAGGAAGCGGUGGAGCUCUACAAGCCCAAAGUGUCAUGAGCUCCAAGAAUAACCCACACAACAAUCAAAAACGCAAAAAGACCUCGAUACCCCGAGCACAGCUGAUAUUUCGGCCCUUCAACAUGAAGCGUAUGGACCCUGUCAGCAUCCUUUUUGCGGACAUUGUGGGCUUCACCAAAAUGUCUGCCAACAAGUCUGCACCAGCUCUGGUGGGACUUCUUAAUGACCUGUUUGGACGCUUCGAUAGACUCUGUGAACAAACCUUUUGUGAGAAGAUCAGCACUCUUGGAGACUGCUACUACUGUGUAGCAGGCUGUCCCGAGCCCAGGCCAGACCACGCCUACUGCUGCGUGGAGAUGGGCUUGGGCAUGAUCCAGGCCAUCGAGCAGUUCUGCCAGGAGACAUGUGAGACUGUCAACAUGCGUGUCGGUGUCCACACUGGCACCGUUCUGUGUGGCAUCCUGGGAAUGAAACGCUUCAAGUUUGAUGUGUGGUCCAACGAUGUCAAUCUGGCUAACUUGAUGGAGCAGCUAGGUGUGGCUGGGAAGGUUCACCUGUCAGAAGCUACAGCCCAGUUUCUGGAUGGCCGGUACCAGACGGAGGACGGAAACGUGGAGAGAGCCGGUCAGAGCGUUCUGGAGAAACUGAAGGGGAUGAAAACCUACCUGAUCUCUGGACGGAAGCUGGAGCACGAUCAGCACUGUGGCUGUAGUCAGAUGGGACCACCAGGCGGGGACUGUGUGUCCUCUUGCCCUUUCGCCCGCACACCAGACCUUAUCCCUGGGGAGGCGCAUGCUGCAGAAUCCCUCCUGCCUCAAAAACCACCUGAUCGAAUCGCGCCGCCUUGUGUUUUCCAUAGCACAGUUCGGUCUUCUGUGACAGAGCAAGGAGAUGAUGUGGCUGUGCUGAAUGGCUGCCAGGAAGAACACAAGACCAGCGGUGCCAAGUUCAUCCCGGGCCACAGCCCAGCAGUCAACGGCCUCCUGAGCCCCCCGCUGGAGCUGGUGCGUGCCAGCCAGAGUUCUCUGUGUGACAUCCUCCAGGAGAAGGAGAAGAAAACCAGCACAAGCACCGGAACUGGCACCAGCCUUGGCAUGUCCGCAGGUGCUGCAGCUGGUACAGGCAUGGAUCAUUCUGCCCUCAUCCAGCUACGAGCCAAGAACUUCAAGGAGAAGAGCGACGCUCACUUUGUGAAAGUUAUCAGGGAGGACAGCCUGAAGGACUAUUUCUUCAAGCCUCCAAUUAACAAGAUCAGCCUCAACUUUCUGGAGAGACCUCUGGAAAAGGCCUAUCGCAGCAGCUACAUGGAGGAGGUGAAGAACAAAGUUCAAGUGCAGACCUUUGCGAGCCCCACCUUCAGCUCCUUUUUGGAUGUUCUACUCAACGGUUUUGUCUUCGUGGCCCUGACCCUGGCCUGCUUCCUUCCCUCUCUGGCUAAUGUGGGCUCCCCAGCACUCGCUGCCCUGAUCCUGGCUCCCAUAGCUGGGCUGUUGGAAUUGGCCUCACUGGUGCUCUCCAUACGCAUGACCUUUUAUUUGGAUGAGCUGAUGACCUGUACUCGCUCAAUGGUCCUCUUUGUCUCCGGCUGGGUGUCUCGUCAUGUGAUCGGGGCCGUGUUGGUCUCCCUUCCUGCCAUCUCUGUCCUGUCACAUGUUGGCGUCCACCUUACCCCUCAGGUAACCAUGUUCCUGUGCUGCGCCACCAUCCUGGCCAUCAUUCAGUUUUGUAACUUCAGUCAGCUUAGUUUUUGGAUGCGCUCUAUCUUUGCCACCACCACAGGAGUUGCCCUGCUGCUGCUGUUAUACGGCCCCUUGCACAGGUACAGCUCAAGUAAUAACAGCGUGCCGGUUCAUGGGUGGAACACCUCAAUGUUGAACCAAGGUGGUCCAGAAUCCAGCCCUAGAUCUCCAACACUUUUUGAUGUUUUGAUCCCAGAGGCUACCCUGGCCUUUUUUUUGCUUCUCCUCCUGGUCUGGUUCCUGAAUCGUGAAUUUGAGGUCAGCUACCGUCUCCAUUACCAUGGCAAUGUGGAGGCUGACGAGCACCGCUCCAAUAUCCAGAUGAUGAGGGACCAGGCUGAGUGGUUACUGGACAACAUCAUCCCCAUACAUGUCGCUGACCAGCUCAAGCUGACCCAGAGUUACUCCAAGAACCACGACAGUGUGGGUGUGAUCUUCGCCAGCAUCGUCAAUUUCAGUGAGUUCUACGAAGAGAGCUACGAGGGAGGAAAAGAGUGCUAUCGUGUUCUCAACGAGCUAAUUGGAGACUUCGACGACCUCCUCCGGAAGCCAGAGUUCAGAAGUGUGGAAAAAAUCAAGACCAUCGGUUCCACGUAUAUGGCAGCGUCAGGAUUGAACGUCCAGCAGAUGGCCGAGGAUGAUGAUGAUUCUCCGCACGCUCACUUGAGGGCACUUUUCAACUUUGCCCUGGAGAUGAUGGGUGUCCUGGAUGAUUUCAACAAGAACAUGCUUGGCUUUGGUUUCAAGCUACGUAUUGGAUUUAACCAUGGGCCCCUGACAGCAGGGGUGAUUGGCACCACAAAGCUGUUUUAUGACAUCUGGGGGGACACAGUCAACAUAGCCAGUCGAAUGGACUCCACAGGUGUGGAGUGUCGGGUGCAGGUGAGCGAGGAGAGCCAUGCUGUGCUCAGGGCCAUGGGGUUAGAGUUUGACUACAGAGGCACAGUCAAUGUUAAGGGAAAAGGUCAAAUGAGGACCUAUCUCUACCCCAAAAGUGGGGAAAAUGCAUGCGAGGGUCGAACAGAGCUGGCAGCUGGACCUGGACCCUUUCAUGUGCCGUUACCUGCCAAUAAGACUUCGGCUUCUGUUUCCAAUCCUUCAUCUGGAUUUAUUUCCAGCCCUUCCCCUCAACCCGAAAGCACUGUAAGGCCUCCAGGUGCAAGGCUUCCCCCUGGCCCAGCUAAGUGUACAGAGGCGAGGGAUGAAGGAUACAGGGACGCUGCACAACUGCCAGGGAAAUCCCCUGACACAGACAUUCACCCGCACCCUGUGCCUGGCCCAGAAACGCCCCCCCAGGUGCACCCCGCUCCUCUCGCACUUCAAGAUGAGGAAGAGGAAGAGUCCAAUGAGCUUACAAGACUCAACGAGGAGUUUUAUGCUCGUCUCUGAUCCCUAAUCGUACCUUCCUCUGUCUCAUACUCCCCUCCUACGCAUAGCUGCUACUUCUCCAGAGCCGAUUACAGAUGUGGGCAGGAUAUCCCUUCUUUAAGGUGAAACAUCUUUGAGGUGAAAGAAGAAAAAGUGAACGAUUUUAACACGAACCAUGGCUUCAGUGGCUUUAAAAUGGCAACUAAUAUCUUUUACUGGAGUGCUGGGGUGUCUUGGACCUGUGUUGAACACAGCAUUUUCUAAUGAUGAAACAAGGGAAAAGAGGGACAAUUCUUUAAAUCUUUAUGUAUUUUCCUUUUUUUUUUUUUUUAAUGAAGUGCCUUCAGGACUAGAACAAUGAACAAAAAAAAUAAGAAUACUGAACAAGUUUUAAGGCUAUGCUGUGGUUUCUUACGCAACGCUUUUAUUUUGAAUUCAAGUAUUCCUUUAUAAACCAUUACUGUUGUGCCAUUCAUGUUCUUAAGGGGAAAAAACAUUUUAGAAUUUAUUUUAUGAGUGCCAAUGCAGUAUGAUGGGCUGAAAAGGAAAUCAUGGAAAAAUGAGGGAACUACACAAUGCAGUGUUAAUUUAUGCAUUCCGCUUUGACACAACAGCCUAAAUACAGUAUUCCUUUAUGCCAGAGAUUCACUUUCAAGGGGACAUGCUACAAAGCAGCCUGCUUAUAAUUUAGCUGAUAUAGCAGCUAAAUGCACAUUUUAAGCACAGCUCUUGCACAGUGUAUUUAAUUUUUUCCUCAACCACUUGUAUUUAGUAGCUAUUACCGCUUCAUUGCUUAUAAAGAAACUUUUAAAGAAAGUUUUGUACAUUUAAAGGCACAAAAUCACAAAAGGAAUAUAGAUCUGGAGGAAAUUAGAAAAAAAAAAUUUAGUAACACCAUUUGGAAAGAAGGAAGGCACUUUAGAUUUAAUUAAAGUUCUACCAACAUCUGUCUUUUGAGUAUGUAACACUCACCUCCUGUAUCCUGAAGCAGAAAGAUGGAAAUCAGAACUUUACGUUUCAGCAUUUGCAAAAUGUCUGUGUUAAAAGAACAAUUUUUCCCCGUUUUUGCUGUUUUGUGUGACAAUGAUAACCUGAGUAAAUACCAAUUGCAGUUUUCAAACGAUGAUUGAAUUUGUUUGGGAAAAGGCUAUUGGAUCUAACUUGUUCCUGUGUAAAAAAUUAUUCUUCCUCCUUCCUAAAUAAUUAAUUAAAUGUUAAUAACCUUCUUGCUGUCCUAUCGGGUGACCGCUCCAGGCAGGAGAUGGUUGAGUGGGGUUGACGGAUUAUCUCUUGGGGUCCAUGUGGCAGGUGGUGGUGCUCGCUCCUCAAAAAUCGAAAAAACAAACAAAAAAUAAUCCUGGGGUCUAUUGGACCCCAUUACGAACCCGACUGAGUUGGGGGGAAAAAAGGAAAGAAACAACAAACACCACAUUUAAGCUAAAACAAGAACUUGCUGCAGCAGGAUUGGUCAAGAAAGUGAGAGAAAGGAAAGCAAACUCGAAACAGCAUAGAUGGUGUCCAUUGGACCCCACUGGGACUGCAAGAGCAAAAUUUGGACAAAUAUCUUUCAAACGCUCACAGGAGGACUCACCAGAUCUGGAUUAGUGAAAAAACUGAGAAAAAGGAAUAAAAGUCAGAAAAAAACACCUGGGGUCCAUCUGACCCCAUUAGGUAUACAGGUGGGUCAACAUUUUUGAAAAGCCGAGUUCUGCUUGACUAGCUACACACAGACCUGAUUACUGCCAAACCCGUAGAAUUAGCCUCAGUAGAACCUUUCUGACAAGUAGGCUUAAAGAUAUCCACAUGUCUAUUGUUUAAAAAAUCAACAGCAAAAGAACCCAGAACAUUUAAAGCCCUGCAUGUCUCACUUGGUUCAAGUUAAGGAUGAAAAUGGCAUCGUGGGAGAGUUCCAAGGUCAAACCCUCUACUGACCAAAAAGAAAACAAAGGCCCGUGUCUCAUUUGCCAAAAUGAAGACAUCUUCAUGAUCUCCCAGACUUUAGGGAAAACAUUCUGUAGACCAACGAUGAAACAGUGGAACUUUUUGAAAGGUGUGCGUGUCGUAACAUUUCAUUUUGACAAAGAACAUCAUGCCAUGAGUCAAACAUAGUGGUGGUAGCGACUUAGACAUAGACACUUCCUGUAAUUGUACAAAGAAGAAAGUUGUGAGUGAAGCAGCGUGAGAUUCAUUGUCAAAUAUGCAAUCAAAGGUGUUAAAACCGCUUAUUAAAUGUAGGGGUCAUCAACUAAAUCCGAGACCAUAGUCUUUUAUAGCAAAGGGUGGAAUGCCAUCUCCAGGUCAGGGACGAGGUCCUGCCUGAAGUGGAGGAGUUUAAGUAUCUCGGGGUCUUGUUCGUGAGCGAGGGAAAGCUGGAACGCAAGAUGAACAGGCGGAUUGGUGCUGCGUCUGCAGUGAUGCGAGCAUCAUACUGGCCUGUCGUGAUGAAGACUGCUGAGCUCAAAGGUGAAGCUCUCGAUUUAGCGGUCAAUCUACAAUCUGUGGUCACCAGCUUUGGGUAGUGACCGAAAUAACGAGAUCGUGGAUACAAGUGGCCGAAAUAAGUUUUCUCCACAGGGGUUCAGUGCACUCCCUUAGAGAUAGGGUGAGAAACUUGGUCAUCCAGGAGGAGCUUGAAGUAGAUCCGCUGCUCUUCCACACACUCGGGCAUCUAGUUAGGAUGCCUCUUGGACGCCUCCCGGCACAUCCAACUGAGGAGACCUAAAGGAAGACCCAGGACACGCUGGAGGGGCUAUGUUUCUCGGCUGGCCAAGGAACUCCUUAGGAUUCCCCUGGAAGAGCUGGCCCAAGUGGCUGGGAAAAGGGAAGUCUGGGCCUCCUGCUCAGGCCACAACCCGACUCGUGAUAAGUGGAUGGAAAAUGAUGGAUGGGGUUUUUACCCUCAAAUCGUUAUUUGAAAACUGCCUUUUUAUAUUUACUCAAGUUAUGUUUGAUACUCAAAGUUCUUUGCUAAUCUGAUGCAAAUUCGGGAGAAAACUAAAGGCUACAGUGAGACGAGAAUUCAAAGCUCUAAGUAAUCUUGGCUGGAGUGCAAUUUGAAGUAGGACGGUGAGAGACAAUCAUGGUGUAGCUCUGGGUAGGUGAUUGGGUGGUCCACACACAUCUUCAGAUCAAUUAGUGAAACUGUUUGUAAAACCUCAGAGGAGGGAAAAAAACUUAAAUGAUACUCCAUUUUUCAACUUUAUUACCUGAAAACAAAAAAACUAGUACAAAAGACGUCAGUCAGUAUCUUCUUUCUCCGUGUUGUCUGCCUUUAGCUGUUUGAUUUUCUGUUGAAGGGUUGGGAUGUUCACAGCCCUCUACUGUAUCGAUGUUGUGCCACUUUAAUAGAGUGAUCUGUAGGUGAAGUGCAACCUAAACUAGAUGAUUGUUUUGUUGUGCCUAAAAAAAUGACUAUUUGUUUUUAUUUUCCAGUAUUUCAGUGUUUUUUUUAUCAUGUUGUUAAAAGGAGAAUAGAUUAUGAUUGUAUGUUUGAGAAAAUUCUGCUCCUGAAAUGUUUUGUGUGGAAUUUUGUUUUUGACAGAUUUUGUGUAUUUUCUUUUCUUGGCAAGUUUUUCUUCGUCCCAACAUUAACCAGGUGUCUGAUAAAAGGGGAUGAUUUGUGCUUACUUCAAAAUCACCUUUUUGCUUUGUAUUUUGUCCUGAAAGCACUUGUUUGUGUCUUGUAGGCUCUGUGUAAGUGCUGUAUGUUUGUGGGUGUUGUAGCUUUGUCUUAAAGUCAACCACAAAAAAAAAGUGCAAAAAGAAAUCAUUCAGCUAAGCCACUCUUUAGCCCUCAGUUUGUUGCUGCUGCUGCCUCAUUUUGUACAGAAAUUAUUUUUGCAUUUCAUUAUUUGAAAAGGAGAAAAAAUGGCCUAAGAUUUUAAACAUGUCUAAUUCAGAUAUUUAGCACAGAUAAUCAGCUGUUGAGAAAGCUUGGCCAUGUUUAAAGAAAUAAAAACGACAAAGGGGAUUUAUUUUUAUUUUUAUGCCUGGUGUAGCAUUCAGUCGUCUCUACUGUUGUGCAUCCAGAACAUAAAAAAAGUGCCUUUUAUUUUUGAGCAUUUCCAUCAGUGUGUGUGAGCUGUGAUUAUUGUAUGUAGUAAUGUAACCCUAAACAUCCUGAAAAUCCAAAGAAUCAUCUCCAGCAGACGUCAUAGUAGCUAGAGACAGAAACCGAUAGGAGAGACCUCCCGUGCUGGCCAGAAUAAUUACCUCUACCAUAUUUUGUUUUUGGCUCACUUGUGUUUUCAGGUGUAAAGUUUGAGAAAAAAAACAACAUUGUGUUUUAUCUUGCUAGAUGUUCUUGGGUGAGUAUCCUUUUGGGCCGUGUGGCUGAAUGGGACUGGAAGAGAAUAUUCAUAGAACAUGUAAAAGGAAUGAGUUGGACUCCACGGACUGAUGGGCACGCACACAUCUGUACACAGGCACAAAUAAAAUAUUACAGUGAA